CUCCUACCCUCACUCGGCUCCGUGAAAAGCCUCAGUUUAUGACUUGAGAAUCCGCUGGUCGCCGGGGAGAGAGACGCUCAGAGCCGCCGUCAGAAAAUGAGCGUAGAAAGAAUAUUCGACGAGCUCGGACAUUUCAAGAGAUUUCAGGCAUGUCUAUAUUUUGCAGCAGUUUUCCAGGCCGUAGCCUGUGGGAUCCACUACCUGGCCUCUGUUUUCCUGGUGGAGACUCCAAACUUUGUGUGCAGUGUGCCCGGCAACAUCACUGACGUCCUGUACGGUAACCUGACAGUCUCAAGUCUGGAAGAGGUCCUGCCCGUCUUCAAAUCAGGGACUGGGCCCUUGGUGGUGAGGACGUCUGAGGGAGAGCAGUGGGAGCUAAGCCGGUGCCGCUGCGCCCUGCGCAUCGAUCCCAAAGGGUUUACAUAUGACUUUGACGGCAACAAAACAGUGAAAGCCUGUGUUGGAAACUUUGUUUACGACCGCUCUGAAGUUCAGCAAAGUAUUGUGACGGACUGGGACUUGGUAUGUGAGAAAGAGUGGCUGGCCAAACUGUGCCAGCCCACCUUCAUGCUGGGGGUGCUGAUCGGAGCGCUGAUGUUUGGGGACAUUGCUGACAGAGUUGGUCGUGUGAGGAUUCUGAUGAUCACCAGCCUCUGUCAGUUUGGGCUCGGGGUGGCCGUAGCAUUCUCUGGAAACUACUAUUUCUUUGUGGUGCUUCGUUUCCUCCUUGCAAUGGUGUCCAGUGGCUACCUCGUGGUGGUGUUUGUCUACGUUACCGAAUUCACUGGCAUCAAGGUACGCACAUGGACCUCUAUGCACGUUCACGCGGCCUUUGCAGUCGGCAUCAUGGUGGUGGCUCUGACCGGUUACCUGGUGCGGGUCUGGUGGAUCUACCAGAUCAUCCUCUCCAUAUGCACCUCGCCCUUCUUGUUCUUCUGCUGGAAGUUCCCGGAGACGCCUUUUUACCUGAUGGCCAAGGGCCGCUACAAGGACACUCAGACCCUGCUGGAUGCGAUUGCCCGCUUCAAUGGCCUUGAGUGCAGGCUGAAGGCAGAGGAUCUCCUGGAACCAGAGGAGAGAGAGAACGGCAGAGCUCUGCUGGAGAAGGAGGCAGAGGAGCGGCCAUCGCAGAGUGAAAAGAAGCUGUCCAUCCUGGAUCUGUUUGGAAGCUGGAGGAUGGCGGGCCGCACAUGCACAGUGUGGGCCAUCUGGUUCAUCGGCAGCUUGGGCUACUAUGUCUUCUCUUUAGGCUCAGUCAACCUAGGUGGAAACCAAUACAUUAACCUCUUCCUUGCUGGCGCAGUGGAGCUCCCCUCGUAUCUGGUUGGCUGUUUUGCAAUGGACCGGAUUGGAAGGAAGAAGACUUGUGCCCCAGCUCUGCUACUGGCCGGGGUGGCUUGUAUGCUCAUCAUUGUGGUGCCUGCUGACAUCGAGGUGCUGGCCAUCGCUCUUUGUAUGACAGGGAAGUUUGCCAUCGCCAUUGCCUUUGGUCUCAUCUAUCUGUACACCUGUGAGCUUUAUCCAACCAUCAUCAGGUCUCUGGCAGUAGGUAGUGGCAGUAUGAUGUGCCGUGUUGGCAGUGUGGUGGCCCCCUUCUGUGUGUACCUGGCUGAUGUCUGGGUCUAUCUGCCUCAGCUCAUCGUGGGAAUCCUGGCAUUCAUUAUCGGAGUGCUGACAUUGCUGUUGCCUGAGACCCUGGGCAAACCUCUAACAACCACCUUGGAGGAGGCAGAGGCUCUGGGACGCAAAAAACAGGAUGGGUUGGAGAUGAACCAACAUGAUGUCAAGGCCUGAGCUGCACGCUGCUGGAAAAAGAGAGGGACAGACACACCGAAAGAAGCUUUGGAAAAACAGAAUGAGACAGAAGGAGCGAAGAGAGAGGAGAUGAUGAAACAGUAACACCAUUGAUUUAUUGGAUCGUCUGGAAAAAGGAAACAAGCUUUUAUCAGAACUCUUGAAAUGAUGCUAUUGUUCUCAUUUUGUUCUGUAAAGUGACCACCAGGCUUCACUGUGUGCGUGCGUGUGUGUGUGUGUGUGUGUGUGUGUGUGUGUGUGUGUGUGUGUGUGUGUGUGUGUGUGUGUGUGUGUGUGUCUGUGUCUGUGUCUGUGUCUGUGUCUGUGUGUCUGUGUGUCUGUGUGUCUGUGUCUGUGUGUGUUUGCAUAAUUUCUGUGUCCAUGGAAACAUGAAGGAUAGAAUAGGAAAGGAUCAUUUCAGUUUAUGACAACUUCAGUCUUAUUUUGGUAGUUUUGCCAAUUGUUCCUAUUAGUUAUGAUAAUGUUGAACUCACCAAAGUAAUUGCAAAGGUUGAACACAGAUCCACUGCCACAACAACAGUCAGAGUCAGACAGGCUGAAAGUAAACUAACAGUUUAGAUUUAUUGACACCAUCUUUGUCUUGAAAAUUGCGUGUAGAACUAAGGCAAGCACAGCAAGUCAAAGUUUGAACAGGAAGUCUUUAAGUUGCUAACUGCUAGUGUUUCUUUCCCCACUGGACUUCUUUCUUCUCGGACUUCCCCGAUUUCGUCUUACUGUGGUGAGCACAGUGUUUAUAUUAUUGAUAGGACCAAUGACUGAAACUACAAAAAUAAGAGUUCCUGUAAAGCAAAAAGGUCAUCGUGAUUAUGCCAAAUGCUGCAGUCUGAUUUAGUUACCUCAUGGUAAGUGCCGAUCAUGGCUUUGUCUUGGUUAUUUUACAUUGAAAUACAUCCCAUACAUAUUACCACAAUCAAAACAAUAGCAUGUAUUUUUAUAAUAUGAGAGAAGUGCCUUAUUUUCGAUUUAUUUUAAAGUCACCUUUUCAAUUUUUCAACUUUUUUUUUUUAAUCUCAGGUCAUCCGCUUUUAGAUAUCACUGUGAAACUAUCAUUUUGAAGGUAUUUUUGAAUUUUACACUGUUUGAUAUUAUCCUCAAUUCCAUCUUGUUUAAGAUGCCAUUGCUAAGCUUUAACUUUGUUAUCUAUUGUGAGUGUAUUUGUGUGCAUGUGUGUAAGUUGGUUUCCUUGUUUUCUUCAUGCUUAUACCGGGUAUGAUGCUGAGCAUAUGGAAGGAAAAGUAUGUAGAGUAAUACUGCAUUACUGUGAGUCAAGGUGCGAUAUCCAGAUGUUUGGACCAAAGACAGGAAUGAACCACAACAGUAUGGAGUUGUAUUCACCUGCUUUGAAUAUUGUAGUACAGCACUAGCAUGUAUUUGUUUCAUAUCAAACCAUUGUGUUGUGUUUUAAUCUGAAGGAGGACAAAAAAUCAUGACAAUCAACUGGUUUCCUAACAGUGAUGACAUUUGAUCACCAGGUGAUGACAGUACUCAGGUUCAGCAUUCAGUUCUGAACAGUUUUACAAUCAACAUUAUGAUUUUUUUUUUUUUUUGUAUAAAAAGUUGUUUUGUUAGUAUUAUUUUUAUUUCAUUAUGGAAAAAUAAACAAGAUGGCCAAUACCGAGGCAAAACUA